CCGGUGUGUUGAUUUAAAUUUCAAAACAAAAAAUAAAUUUUGUCUUUGUGUACAUGAAAUAUCCGAUAUUGUCAACACACAAAACAGAUUAUCGAAACAUAAUAUCAAACAAUUGGAAAUAUACGAAAAUCAAAACUGAAUUCUAGUCUCUAUUGGCAAAAACUCAGUGGACACUUUAUAUUGUUGUUGUUGUUGUUGUUGUUUUGUUUAUUAUAAUUCGAUACUUGGCCAUUAUCUUAGAAAUAAAAAAAAAAUGUCGAAUCCAAAUAAAGAAAUUCAAUCAUCAUCAUCAUCCUCAUCGAAUGGUGGUGGUGUUGGUAAACAUUAUCAUCAUCAUCAUCAUCAUUACCAUCAUCAUCAUCAUAAAAUGCAUUGUUCAGGUGAAUCUGGUGGAAUUUAUCCACAACAACCACAGCAGCAGCAGCAGCAGCAGCAACAACAACAACAGUUACAAACACAUCAUUCACAUCAUCAUCGUCCACGUUAUAUACAUGGUCAUCGUCGUGCAAAAAGUGCCGGAAAUGCUACAUCAGUACGUGAUUAUUCCUAUUAUGCUGCUACUGGUCUUUAUGCACAUCAAUCAGGUGAAUCAUUACAGCAACAAAUUGCGUUGGAUAAAUCUGGUCCAAUUAUUGCAUUAGCGUUACCAAAUCUAAAGAAAACAUCAUCAGAAAAAACAAUACAUUAUGAUGCAACAUAUCCACCAUAUUAUUUUCCAUUACAUCAUCAUACAUCAUCAAUAGCCGGUGAUCCAAAUGUAUCGAUAAAAUAUUCAUCAUUAAAAAUGCGUUCAACAGUGGGCGUUGGUGAUACGGACACCGAUAAUUUGGAUGUAGAAAAAAUUGAAUGCGGUUGUUGGUCAUUGAAAUUCAAUUCGCUUAGGCAAUAUGCAACCAUACAAUUUUUCGUAUUUCUUUGUUGCAUAUUGGUAACACUGCAACAGGCACUUUCAUCUGGUUAUUUUAAUAGUGUUAUUACUACGAUUGAAAAACGUUUUGAUAUAUCAUCACAAAUGUCCGGUGCUAUUGUUUCGACAUUUGAGAUUGGAAAUCUUGCCACAAUAAUUUUUGUCAGUUAUUUUGGUACACAUCGACAUAUACCACGCUGGAUCGGUACCGGUAUCGUUGUCACUGCCAUUGGUUCGUUGAUAUUUUCAUUACCACAUUUUAUGUCAUUGAAAUCACCAUUAUCAUCAAUGCAUAAUGGUAAAAAUCAAUCGGAUCAACAAUAUUUGGACAAUACAUGUCGUAUACCGAAACCGGCAUUAACGUCACCAUUUCUUGAGAAAGCCAGUCAAUUUAUUAAUCUUGGUCUUUUGGAUGAUGAUCCAAAUUGUCUGCAAGAAUCAAAUUAUCAUGCACCACAAAUGUUGGUUUUCAUGUUGGCUAUGGUUCUGAUUGGUUGUGGUGGUACACCAAUUUUCACAUUGGGCACCACUUAUAUUGAUGAUCAUGUGCCAAAAGAAAGUUCAUCAAUGUAUAUGGGUUGUAUGUAUAGUAUGGUUGCUUUUGGUCUAGUUUGUGGAUUUCUACUCGGUGGAUUCUUUAUCAAUGUUCAUGAAAAUGCAUUGGGCACCGGUGUUGUGCCAGAAGAUAUUUUUCCUGGUCAUACUAAAUGGAUCGGUGCAUGGUGGGCUGGUUUCAUUUUACUCGGUAUACUGCUUUUAAUCAUCUCGAUACCAUUUUUUAUAUUUCCAAAAAGUCUGAAAGCAAAAAAAUCAAAAGAAUUAAUUGUCGCUUUACCAAGCGGUGGUGGUGGUGGUGGUGGCUGCCAUUCAUAUACGGGUAAUAACUGCAGCAGUAACAAUAAUAGUAACAGUAAUAACGUUAAAACUAACUGUGGUGAUGAUCCAAAUGGAACUAUGAAUUCAAAAAAUACAAAAUAUGGCCGUAAAUUGGGUGAAAUACCGGCUUGUAUGUGGCGACUGGCAUGCAAUCCAGUCUAUAUGGUCACCUGUCUUGGUUCUUGUAUGGAAUUGGCAAUCGUUAGUGGUUUUCUAAUUUUUCUUCCCAAAUAUUUGGAAACACAAUUUUCUUUGGGAAAAUCACAAGCAAAUUUAUUUGCCGGUGGUAUCGCUAUACCUGGUGCUUGUUUUGGUAUUUUUCUUGGUGGCUACAUUCUGAAACGUUUUCAAUUGACACCAAAAGGUGCCAUUCAAGUUGUUUUAUUUUUCAACAUUAUCUGUAUGGGUCUCUAUACGGCUUUAUAUUUUCUUGGUUGUGAAAAUGUUAAAAUGGCCGGCACUACAUUACCAUAUGCCAACACAACAAGAUUUCAAGAUACAUUUUCCGUCAAUCUGACAGCUGAAUGUAAUCUAGGCUGUCGAUGUUCAUCGAAUGAUCUGGAACCAGUAUGUGAUGUUCGUAAUAAAAUUAGUUAUUAUUCACCAUGUUUUGCUGGCUGUACUUCGGUCGAUAAUUCUCGUGAUAUUCGAAAUUAUAGCAAUUGUGCUUGUCUACUAUCCAAUAAUAAUAAUAAUCAUGAAAUCACUAUGGUGCCUAUCGUUACGCCUGGACCAUGUCAUCAGAUUUGUACGGCAAUGGUUCCAUUUAUGGUUCUAUUAUUUAUUAUCACAUUGGUCGUUUCAAUCACACAAAUGCCUGUUGUUAUGAUUACAUUGAGAUCCGUUGAUGAAGAAGAACGUUCAUUAGCAUUGGGAAUGCAAUUUGUUUUGUUUCGUUUGUUUGGUUACAUACCAUCGCCAAUUGUUUUCGGUAAUGUUAUUGAUUCGACGUGUUUAGUUUGGAAAAAUCAUUGCGGUGAACAAGGUGGUUUCUGUUUACUUUAUAAUAUUGAACAAUUUCGUCUGAGAUAUGUUGGUGUUUGUAGUGCAUUCAAAAUAACGGCAGCAAUUUUAUUCUUUUUUGAUUUAUUACUAAUUUGUUAUCGUGAGAAAAAAGAAUUGAAAAAAUUACAAAUGAAAAACGGUACAUUCACUACUGAUGAAGUAAUAUCAUCGAUUAUUUCAUUGGAUCGUUUAUCCGUAUUUGGUUGGUCUGUUGCACCGGAAACUAUUGCUGAAGCUGAUGAAGAACAACAGCCACUAGGUGGACAACAACAACAUCAACAGCAACAGAUGCAAGAUUCAGAUUAUAAUUCAGCCAUAGAUGAUGAUGAUGAAAAUUUAUCAUCAAAUUCAUCAUUGAUUCCCGUUCCGAUUGGUGUUGGUAAUUUGAUAGCAAUAAAUGAUAAUCAUGAUAAUAAUAAUGGUGAUAAUAAUGACAAUCAAACAACGAUGAUGAUACCAUCAUCUAAUAUAAAUUCAAUACAGAUUGAAAUGUUACCAUCAUCAUCUACAUCGAAACAUUAUCAUCAUCAUCAUCGUUCAGAAAGUUUAGUAUAAGAGAAUCUCAGGUUACACACCAUAUCAUUUUUUGGUGUUAUCAUUGAAACAUGGCCAUAAUUAUCAUCCAAUCGAUUUGAUGAACUCAGAUAUCAAUGGAAAUUUUUUUUCUCUUUUCGUUUCGUUGAAAUUUUUUAUUUUACCAUAAACUCCACAUA